AUGGAUAAUAUUACUUCUAAUACUGUUUGGGUGAUAGGUGAUGGUACAAAUAUCAACUAUUGGUCGGAUAAUUGGCUAGGGGAACUGUUAGCUAAGGCUUUAAACUUACCAGACACUGUUUGCAAGACCCUCAACACCAAGGUUUAUGAUCUUUUGGAAGAUAAGUGUUGGUUGAUUCCUCCCAUUAUUCAUGCAUUGGCGCCAUGGCUUAUUGAAGAAAUUCUUGCAGUUUUUAUUCCUCUUUCUCCUUUGGAAGAUAG